AUGGAGGACCCCGAUUCUGAUACACCUGCCCUUUCUGGGCUUGCUCUUCAAGCUCUGGAAGACUUUCGGGCCGAACAAGCACUGCAAUUUGACGGUUUUGAACAGCUGGACUAUAGUCACGACCUAGCGAUGAGCAAUGACAAGGCCUUAUCUAUGGAGAUGUUUCCCGAGAAUUGGAAUGCCAGCCAGUUUUGGGUGGGCCGAACUCCACUUGUCUAUGGAUUGUUCCUAACCCGGCAGUGA